AUGGGAUACAAUGAUGGAGGAGAUUUUGAUAGCAUUCCAGAUUCAUUUAGCAGCUGGAAAUUUCGGCCUCUCGUGCCGAGACCUGCUGCUACUUCCACCACCACUAUCACAAACCCUUAUUGCUUCAGCCGUAUAAAUGGCAAUGAUCUUCUUUCUCUAAAUCACCGUUAUUCAGGUAUGACUGAAAAAAAUAAGAGAGAGUUCAAUACGCAGCAGGUUGUAGCGAGCUCACGCUGGAAUCCUACGCCAGAACAACUACAAACCCUUGAAGAACUGUAUCGAAGGGGCAUUCGAACUCCUUCGGCCGAGCAAAUUCAGCACAUUACUGCACAACUUCGAAGAUAUGGCAAGAUUGAAGGGAAGAAUGUUUUUUACUGGUUUCAGAAUCAUAAAGCUAGAGAGAGGCAAAAACGCCGCCGUCAGCUGGAAUCUGUCUCUGAUAAUGAAACACCUCGGAAUAACAUUGAGAAUGGUGAAAAUAAAGAAUCUGCAGAUGCAAACAGGACAGGAUUUGAAGUUGAACAGACCAAAAAUUGGGCAUCUCCUACAAACUGUAGUAGAAUUGCAGAGAAAACCCUUUCAUCAACACAAAGGGCAGCAAAAGCAGCAGAAGCAGAAUGUAAAUCAGAUGGAUGGGUGCAGUUCGAUGAGGCUGCUGAACUACAACAAAGAAGGACACUAGUAGAAAGGAAUGCUACGUGGCAAAUGAUGCACUUGUCCUGUUCAUCAUCUCCUACAAACCUAAUGAACCCUACUACUGAUGUUGCAUCUACUUCUUGUCCAUUAACAGUAACAGUAAUCGACCCAAAUCUCAUCAAAUCUCAAGAUUCUGAUAUUUUUAUCGGAACCAGCCGAGACGAGGAAUUCCAGACCCUUCAAUUGUUUCCUCUUCGAAGCGGCCAUGGCUAUAGCGAUACCAACGAAGGUUUAGCGGAGAAUGAGACGGAGAUGUCUGCUGCAGUCAUGAGUUCUAACUUCACUUCUUUGCAGUUUUUUGAGUUCCUACCAUUGAAGAAUUAA